AUGUUGAUAUUGCUCGCAGCAAAGCUCCUGCUGCUGGCACCCAUAGCGCAUGCGGCUUGGGAUAGUUUCACGCCGUGCAUCAACUUCGACUUGGGAGAUGCCCAGGUCACCCCAUGGAACUGCGAUGGUUGGAACCUCACUGAUGCAGCCACGCCCGUCGAGCAUGUGGUUCAGACGGUGAUGGGCGCCCCUUCGGCGGUUUUGCUGUCUUUGGCUGGGGCGUCUUUAGACUUCAGCUUCGGAAUCGUGCAGAUUGUCUGGAACACUUGGAUUGGUGCCUUUGUGGCUUCCGUCGAGUGGGUCAUCCAGGACUUUUGGUCUGUUGCCAUUACCUGUACCGGCAUUGUUACAUGGGCUCUUUGUUUUUGGUCUCUCGCCUGGUGUUAUUCCGAAGCAGAGAAUGGAUGCCGCGAGCGACAGAGUAGAUACCACUUGUAUACGGAAUGGUGGUGGAUUGCCGGUCCUUUUUUGGGGGUGGUUUUCCUUGCCAUUCUGGUUGCAAUCUGGUUUCUGCUGCUAGCAGUCUCAUUCGCGGUGGUGUUCUGCCUCGCAGUGGUCGUUGCAGUGAUUGUGGUGCCGAACGCGAUAGUUGUGGCACUUCUGAUUCUCUUGGUGACCUUUUUGGUCAUUGCUGGUCUUGUGCUGCUGGCUUUCACGGCUUGCUGGCUGAUCUAUUUGGCUGUCCUGCUCGCUCUGGCGCAGUUCGUCUUGGGUGCCGUGGAUGGUUCUCUCAGGGCAAGCAAAGCGUCAUCUGGCAGCUGCGGCAAGUGCACAGGGCAAGGAAUCGUGUCCAAACGGGUGGUACCCGGACUGAUUUGCCUCGCUUCGGCUUUGGUGGCCAAUGUUCUCCUGCUCUGGGACCUUGAGGUUUUGUUCGUUAUGUGGAGCAGCUUUCGCGAACUCAGUGGGAUUCAGCUUCCGAUCACCCAAGAGAGCAUGAAGAAGCUUCUCGAAGCCUCUGGUAUCAACUUGACCAUCUUCUUCGAUGCCAUUGCCUCAAUCUACUCCAGCUUCUACCACUUGCAGCAGAUAAUCGAAGGCGUCACCAAGUUCGAGUGCUUUUACCUCCUUUCUAUGAUGUCAGCUUCGCAACUCCUCGCCGGCAUGCUAGCGCUGAACUUCUUCCAGUCCACCGAUAUCAAGACGGCAUUGGCCCACAUGUUGUCCCACUGCUUCGACCAACCUGGGCAUGCGCUGGCCACAAAGACCUUGCUUGUUGCCAGUGCGAAACUCAUAGAGCUGAUGAUGGUUGCCGGGAGCCCCACAUUCAUCCGCAUGUUUAGCUCACCCUUUGCCGGCUGCGAGGCGUACAUUGACAACAUUUCAGGCGUCUUCGGCACGGUCUGCUUGUGGUUCGUUGGCGUUCCCGCACUUUUGGUCGUCCCGGACCUCAUGAUGUCGAGCCUGUCAAUCGAGAGCUGGUCGCGACCCCGUCAAGUUCUUGCAGAGCGUCCCAAACGAAUGGCGAGCGUGAUGUCGAUGCUCGUUGGGCGCUGGGGCGACUGGUCCUUGGAAGCCUGUGGAUUGUUGAAGUUCAGAGCCAGCAGAGUCGAGAGGUCCACCGAUCUCGGCGAGUCACAGGUGCAAGCAUACAUCAAGGUGUCUUCGACCUUCAUCUCCUCGGCUUUUCAGAUUGUUCCCUGUGGAAAAGUCCUCUCGCAACUCAUGGACGCCUCGAACGUGGGGCACGUGUGGAUCGAUUCGGAUCAGGCGAUCCCAGUGCAGAAGGCAGAUGCAUGGAGUUGGUUCACCAAGAUCCUGGCAUGGCUUCGAUUUUGCCUUCUGCAGCCCAUACCCUUUUUGCAAGAAGCUUCUGCUGGUCAGGUGACAUUGCUGUGGGUUUGCAUUGGACUCACGUUCGCGGAGGAGCUUUGCAGUUCGAUGAUCGCCGAUCCGCAGCCUCCGACAGAUGACUAUGAGCACGAGACGUUCAGCAGCGCGAUGGCAGGUGUGGUGAGCAGGGGUUUUCAUGCUGGUUGCCGCCUACUACAAAACAUUUUGUCUGCGUUGGCGACGAUCUUGAACUCGGCACUGCAGCUGGCCUGGCAGGGAAUUGGCAUUGCGGUCUCAGCAGCAUACAGCACGGCCCUGGCGGGCAGAAACGUUCUCUUUGCUGCAGUGGCUGUGGGUGCAGGUGUGAUUGGGGCUGGCAUGGGCGCUCUUGGUCCUGCUACUGGUGGUGCCAUUGCAGAUGUUGAACUGGUCAUGGUUGAUGAUCCUGUGCCAACUGAUCAUCCAGUUGAGCCAGACGUGCCACGUCAUACUGAUGCCAUGAAGGAAGAUGCUGAUGCCCCGCCUGAUUCCUCGCCUGAUGCCACAAGUACCAUUUUUGCUUCAUUCUCAGCUUUUUCCGCCAUGAUGACGAGUAUGAUGGGUGCCAGUGACGGUGAUCCAGAUGACUUCGACACAGGGUCUCCGAGUUCUCCGGAACCAGAUCCAACAACGUACGGUACCCCACUCGAUGAUUCAGACCUCGUGAGCCUUUGA